AUGAAUCAAAGUUUAUUCUCUUAUGGUUUUUUAAAUAAUGGUAAUCAAUAAAUGAUUAUAAUAAGGUCUAGUAUAUUCAAAGUAAGGAAAGUUCAAUAAGGCAAUAAAAGAAUCUAAUAAAGCUAUAGAAGAAAGCUUAGUAUGCUGCUGCUUAUCAUAAUAGAGGUUAUCAAAUACUUAAAAUAUCAGGUAAUGCAUAUUAAAGUUUGGCCAUUUUAAAAGAGGCCAUAAAAGAUUACACAAUUCCUAUCAAAAUUAAUCCCUUAUAUAAUACAGCCUACUUUAAUAGAGGUUUAUAUAUAUUUUAAUCAUAAUAAGGAUUAGUUUAUGGAAAACAGGGUAAAUUUGAAGUAGAUAUUAUUGAUUACACUCAAUUCAUCUAGAUGGUUCCUGAAAAUGCUAAAGCUUAUAUAGUUGAAAAUAACCAAUUAAUUUUAAUUCCUUUCAUAUUCUAUUUAAAUUAGAGUAAUUUAAAUUUAAUAUAAUUUCAUAAAAUUGACUUCAAAUAAUUUACCAUGUUGUAAUUAAUUUCAAAAACUUAAAUCUUAAAUUUUUAUAAGAUAAAAUUUUAUAAUUAACUACAAUAUAGAGGUAAUAAAGAUAAUUUAAGUAUCAGCAAAUGCAUAUUAGAAUUUAGGAAAUUUUAAUGAAGUAAUAUUAGAUUACUCUAAAUCAAUUGAAAUUAAUCCUCAAUAUUCAGUUGCAUAUAAUAAUAGAGGUAAUUAUCAAUAUACAAAGUUUUGGUAAUGUAUAUGUAAAUUGUGGAAAAUUUGAUGAUGCUAUUAUCGAUUGUUCAAAAGCAAUAUAAUUAAAUGCUGAUGCUUUUUAUAUAAGAAUUAAAAUAAUUUUAGAAGACUAGCAAAUGCUUAUAAAAAUUAAGGAAACAUGAAGAAGCAAUAAAUGAUUAUUCCAAAGCUCUUUAAUUAAAUUCUAAACAUGCUGCAGCUCAUUAUAAUAGAGGUAAUAAAUAAUCUAUCAAAUACAAGGACUUAUUUAUUCUCAUUAAGAGAUGUUUGAAAAAGCAAUAAUAGAUUAUUCAAAAGCCAUUGAAAUAUUGCCUACAAAUCCAUUAUAUUAUUUUAGUUUUGAUUUUUUUUACUUUUCCCUAAAAUAUUUUAAUCAAGCUAAUUAGAAUAUUUAAAAAAGGCAAUUUAAUGUUCAUUAAAAAUAACUCCAUUAUUAAGAUAUUAAUUCUAAUUAUCCAAAGAUAAAACGAUUUUUCUUCAAUCAAAAGUAAUAAUAUCAAUCUUAGAUUAAUAAUAUUGAUAUUAUUUUAUGA